CGCGAACUUCAUUCAUUACAUCGCUGUGAUUUGCGUACUAGUCAGUUGAAGUGAUCGGAGCGCGGAGCGGAGCAGAGCGGAGCGAAUCAUAGAAGAGAGAAAGACGGGGAAAAAGUGAAUAGCGAGAGCGCGGCUACCUUAGGCCGGCGUGUAUUGCGAGUCGUGGCGGGAAGAAGAGUACAAAUUGUUAUCAGCUGCUCGAAGAUCCGGCAACGUGAAGAUGGCGAAGAUGUCGGGCUCACAAGUGCUCGCGGCUUUCCUUCUUGUGUCUUUCAUCCUUCCUGCGCUUGGUGAGAUCAGCUCUGCUUCCCCGGCACCUCCGAGUUCGAGUUCGGCUGGCCCAGUGUCUAGUUCCGAGGGUACGCAGCCCUCCGGUUCACUCCCAGUUCCCUCCAGUACGCCUCCGGCCCCAUCUUCCCAGACGGGCCCCGUCAGCCCCACGGUUGUCCCGAGUUCCGGUUCUGGCAGUUCACCUCCAGUUGAGCCCGUAUCCAGCUCCAGCUCACGGGGCCCCACGGUUGUCCCGAGUUCCGGUUCUGGCAGUUCACCUCCAGUUGAGCCCGUAUCCAGCUCCAGCUCACCUCCGCCUCCGCCUCCGUCUUCGCAGGCCGCGAAAGACUGCAGCAAUGCGACAAUCAAAGUCCAGUACGAUAUAUGUAUGAAGGGGGCAAACAGCACGGCGGGAAACAGCACAGCUAGCACUUGCACACCGGAGUGUAAAAAGGCUUUGCUGCAAGUGAAGGGCUGCCCAGGCGAACAGGUUUCGAAAAUGAAUUCCAUCUGCAGCGCAGCAUCUUCCAUUUCAGCCAGUUUGGUAAUUGCCGCAGUUUUUGCGGUUCUGGCCACAUCAUUGGUUAAUCGGCUAGACUAACCGAGCUUGAUAUCCAGAAAUGUUACGGAAGAAGAGGCGAUUUUCUCCAACGGUCAUUUCCCUGAUUGGAAAUUUAAAAAUGAAUCACCUUCGAGCUGGUCAUUCACAGCAUGUUACGAGCAACACUUCGACUCCUGGAUGCGCCUCGUGACUAUGCCGCGCCGUGAGUGGAAAAUUGGAAGUGGCUACAGGGAGAAUUAGUCACACACAGAGACACACAUACACGCAGACACAAAGACACAGAGAGACAGACACACACACACACGAACACAGAGAGAGAGAGAGAGAGAGAGGGUUAACAACGGACAAAUCGAUUUAAGGUGAAGCGAACCGCCUGUUAUAGCAGUAGUUAUUCGGAAGUGCAACGCCUCGCAACCAAGAAAUUGCAAAGCCACGGUGUGGAAGGGUUAAGAGAGAUGGGGUUCGUUAGGGGGGUUGCCCGGGUUGGUGGUUGCAGGAGUGCGACAUAUGUUAAAAAAAGGAUGACAUCGUACGGAGAUGGUUUUGAGAAAUAAGAGAGGGGAAAGGGUUCCAAGCAGACGUUUCCUCUCUGUUCAAGUCGGGGAGGCUUGAUAAGUCUUUUUUUCUCUAUUAUGCUUUGAAUAAGGUACUUGGACCAUAAGUCCGGGGGGGGCAUGUGUUGCCAGGGCGUAACACAUCUGUCAGGUGUGGUCCGUGUGGAUUCUGUUGAAACUCUACGCAGCAUGAGUGAUUAUGCGUAUCCCUGCUUGCUUUUCCCUCGUUCAAAUGGAUUUUCUUAUUCUAUUGGUAAAAAAUAAGACGACGAAGAGUAUUUUGAAAGUGAACUGUGUACUGCGCUUCGAUUUG